AUGUUUGAUCUGGAGCUGCAAAAGAAAAUAUCAAUAACCGAGAACAACAUCGGAGGAACUGUCCAAACACAGUUCGAAUCAGUGGCUAAUGUGUUCAGAAAAAAUUUCAAUAGCGGUUUGGAAACUGCCGGAGCAUCAUUUGCAGUGUAUCAUAAUGAUAAGCUAUUGAUUAAUUUGUAUGGUGGACUACGAAAUGUUGAGAAAAAGCAACCUUGGGUUGAGGAUACGACAUCUGUUCUUUUUUCUACAACAAAAAGCAUAUCAGCUGUUGUACUAGCACACACUCUAGAUAAGAAUACGAACGGUGUCAACUAUGAAACUAAAAUCUCAGAAAUAUGGCCAGAGUUUAAGAAAAAUGGAAAACAGGAUAUCACGAUUCUAGAUGCUGCGUUACAUCGGGCUGGCCUGGCUUACACUGAAGAAGUCAUAGAAAGAGAGGACAUAACAAAACCGGAUAAGAUUGCAAAGUUUUUUGAGGAAGCGAUUCCAAUGACUAAUGGAUCUGAUGUUUUGUAUCAUGCACUUACAUUUGGACUUCUCUUGGAUCAAAUUGUUCGUAGAAUUGACAAGAACGAACGUGGAAUCUCUGAAAUCUUAGAUCAAGAUUUUGUCAAAGUGUUUGGUAUCAAAAAUCUAUCAAUCGGGCUGAAAUGUGAGACAUUGAAUGAGAAAGUUGCAAAACUCACGGAAUUGGAUGAGUUUGAAAUAAAUCGUCAAGGGGUGCUUAAUCCGGAAGCUUUGGAAAAAUUCAUGGCUGGUGAUAAUAUUCAUCAUCAAAAGUUAUAUUCGAUAUUCCCGUGGAUUACAACAGACGAUUAUAACUUGUUAUCCAAUCGCAUUCUCCCAAUGCCUUCAAAUAUGGGAAUAUCAAAUGCGGAAGGACUUGCUCAUUUUCAUUCUCUGGUUGCGAGUAAACAAAUUCUCUCGGAAAAGUCAUACAAAUUAUUGGAGGAGCCAGUUUUAGAGCAUGUGUAUGACCAUGCAAUAGGCUAUGAGGAAAAUAAGGGCUAUGGAUUUCAAUAUACAAAAAAUCCAAAGGGACAAUGGAUAUUCGGCCAUUCAGGAUUCGGUGGCCAAAAUGUCAGAGUUGAUGUAAAUAAUGGACUGACAAUGGCGUAUGUAUCGAAUGGAAUGAAAAUCACUGAUGCGGAUAUGGUGAAGCCUUGGAGAAAUUUGGUGAACGAAGUCUACCGCAUUUUUUUCGAACAGACCGAUAAUGUUGAAUAA